AACUCAUAAUGGAUGUUAAAGAACAUGAAAAGAAGGCCACAACUGCAAAAGAGGAAUAAUACUAGGGCCUGAGAUAAAGAUUGCUUCCCCCAAAACUAUAAAUGUUCUUUGGAAAAAAAACUCAUAGCACAACAAAAAAAAGGCUUUAAUAAUAGUAAGUAGUGAGGGAGGUGGUGGGAAAUGGUGGAAGUGCAAAGCGUAGUAGGGGUGGUGGUGGUAGCAGUAGUAGUAGUGUUGAUGAACGUAGAAAGAGCCGCAAGUGCAAUGGAGGAGUGGAAUUGUACUAAAGACGAGGGAUUGUUGGAAUUUGCGCUGAAUUUGGAGUAUAUGGAGGCGGAGUGGUUUCUGAAUGGAGCACUGGGGUAUGGUCUGGACCAAGUUGCGCCGAACUUGGCCAUGGGAGGUCCCCCUCCCUCGGGUGCCCGCAUUGCCAAUCUCGACCCUUUCACCCGCGAUCUCAUUUCUCAGUUUGCUUUCCAAGAGUUUGGCCACUUGAGGGCAAUAAAGGAGAGGGUGAAAGGGUUUCCAAGGCCACAUAUGGACUUGAGUGGAGGAGCAUUCGCCAAAGUGAUGGAUGAAGCCUUGGGGAUGACAUUGGUUCCUUCGUUUGACCCUUACUCCAAUCCCAUCAACUUCCUCCUUGCUUCCUAUUUGGUCCCUUACGUUGGCCUCACUGGUUAUGUCGGUUCUCUUCCUAACCUUCAGUGUCCCUCCUUCCGGAAGUUGGUGGGAGGACUGUUAGCAGUAGAAUCGGGACAGGACGCGGUGAUAAGGGAAAUGUUGUACGAGAAGGCACGGCUCAGAGUGGUACCAUAUGGAGUAACAGUUGCUGCAUUCACGAGCAGAAUAUCGAGCCUUAGGAACAGAUUGGGAAAGGCCGGCAGCUCCAAGGACGAGGGACUCAUCGUAGAAAGAGAAGGCAGAGUGAGGGGGAAUGUGCUGGUAGGGGACGAGUUCUCCCUCGCUUAUGCCAGAAGCCCUGAAGAAAUCCUGAGGAUAGUGUAUGGAAGUGGGAAUGAGAGUGUUGUUGGUGGCUUUUUCCCUCGUGGAUGUGACGGCAAAGUCGCCCGCUCUUACCUGCCCCCCGCUCUACACUGAUUACUUGCUCUUACUAGGCUUGGACUCGUGCGAAUAAAAGAGACGCUCUUUUCA